AGCCAAGCUUGCAGCUAAGGGGCGUGGUAUCAUUCUCUAACUUCCUUUACGGCAAGGCGGCGGUUGGGGAGCACGUUGUUUGCCGGUGACAAGAUGGAUGGUCCGUUAGCGGUGUUCGGGGAGCGAUGCUCAGGAGAUGUCGUGAGGAGUCAGAAUGUUAUGGCUGCAGCAUCCAUUGCCAAUAUUGUGAAAAGCUCUCUUGGUCCAGUUGGUUUGGAUAAAAUGUUGGUGGAUGAUAUUGGUGAUGUUACCAUUACAAAUGAUGGUGCAACCAUUUUAAAGUUGUUGGAAGUGGAACAUCCUGCGGCUAAAGUCCUUUGUGAGUUGGCAGAUCUCCAGGACAAUGAAGUUGGAGAUGGGACAACAUCAGUGGUCAUAAUUGCAGCAGAGCUGUUGAAGAAUGCUGAUGAGCUUGUCAAGCAAAAAAUUCACCCAACAUCUAUCAUUGGCGGUUAUCGUCUUGCCUGCAAGGAAGCUGUUCGAUACAUCAAUGAAAACCUCACUAUUAACACUGAUGAGCUUGGGAAAGACUGUCUUCUGAAUGCAGCCAAAACAUCAAUGUCUUCCAAAAUUAUUGGAGUUGACAGUGAAUUCUUUGCCUCAAUGGUUGUUGAUGCAGCACUUGCAGUGAAGUUUACAGAUGGUAAAGGUCAGGCGAAAUACCCAAUCAACUCUAUCAAUGUCUUAAAGGCACAUGGCAGAAGCCAAGAAGAAAGUAUUCUUGUUAACGGUUACGCUCUCAACUGCAUCGUGGGCUCACAAGGUAUGGCUAAAAGAAUAGUAAAUGCAAAGAUUGCCUGUUUGGACUUCAGUCUCCAGAAAACUAAAAUGAAACUUGGAGUCCAAGUGAUCAUUUCAGACCCUAGUAAACUGGAUCAAAUUAGACAAAGGGAAUCUGACAUUACUAAAGAGAGAAUUCAAAAAAUUCUAGCCACUGGCGCUAAUGUUAUACUUACUACUGGAGGAAUUGAUGAUAUGUGUCUUAAGUACUUUGUGGAUGCUGGCGCCAUGGCUGUUCGUAGAGUUUUGAAAAGGGACCUGAAACGUAUAGCUAAAGCAACUGGAGCUACAAUUUGUUCAACGCUUGCAAACUUGGAAGGUGAAGAAAGCUUUGAAGCAUCCAUGGUGGGACAGGCAGAAGAGGUUGUGCAAGAAAGAAUAUGUGACGAUGAGCUGAUACUUGUUAAAAAUACUAAAGCCCGAACAUGUGCUUCCAUCAUUCUACGUGGUGCUAAUGACUUCAUGUGUGAUGAAAUGGAACGAUCUAUUCAUGACGCUUUGUGUGUAGUGAAGAGGGUGUUGGAGUCCAAGUCUGUGGUCCCAGGAGGUGGCGCUGUGGAAGCUGCACUUUCCAUCUACCUUGAGAACUAUGCAACAAGUAUGGGUUCACGAGAGCAGUUGGCCAUAGCAGAGUUUGCAAGAGCACUUCUUGUUAUUCCAAAAACCCUAGCAGUGAAUGCUGCACAAGAUUCUACUGAGCUUGUAGCAAAGCUUCGUGCUUUCCACAAUGAAGCCCAGGUCAACCCAGAACGCAAGAAUCUUAAAUGGAUUGGUCUGGAUUUGCUUAAUGGAAAACCACGAGACAACAAGCAAGCAGGGGUUCUGGAGCCUACUAUGGUGAAAACCAAAAGUUUAAAGUUUGCAACAGAAGCUGCAAUCACCAUCCUUCGAAUUGAUGACCUAAUUAAACUGCACCCUGAGGCGAAAGAAGAAAAGGGGAAAUACCAUGAAGCUGUGCAGUCUGGAUCUAUUGAGGGUUAAAUUGUCUAGUAUUUUUAUUACUGUAAUUUAUGUUUUUCUUUGCCGUUAUGCACUUGUUUGGUCUUGCACCAUCCUCUAAACAUACACUUAAAAUAAAAUGCAAACUUUUUGUUUCUUGAAA